CCAGGUGUUUUAUAAAGAUUUAUAAAGAUUCUGGGGAGGCUGGGGAGCAGCUCUAGGACUCUGAAGGAUAAAGAGAGAAGACUGGUACAGAAAGCACAGUUAAAGCAACUGAGAAAUGACGCAGAAAAACCACAUCAGGACGGGGAGAAACUACACUGCCUUCCUCCCCAACCCCUCCCUUUGCCUAGAGCAGGUAGCAGAGAACAUCAGGGCAGGAACACGAAAGUGCUGCCUGUAUAUUGUCGGACGAGGAGGAACGGGCCGAUGAAAUUCAAUCAUCUUCUAGCCUUUGUCCCAUGGACGUUGGUGGGGAUGUGGGGUGAGUAGUGCUAUCAAAGGCUAUUCCAUGGAAGGAAUGGUUCAAAACUCAGCAGAGUUGUAAACUCACUGGUUGGCUUUAAACAAGCCACAGUCCAUUCCCCCCGCCUCCCCAGAAUCUUUAUAAAUGAUAUGAUAAAAUAAUACAGGAUUUUUGAGUUUGUGCAUGUGAAGCAUUUUGGGGAAAGUCCUGUAGAAAUUAUAAGAGUUCUCAUGUAGCUCUCUUGCUUCUGGAGUGCAUUCAGAAAUGUCACAACCCUUGGAGGGACAUUCAGCUGUCCCUGAUCAACAGAGCAUCUGUCAACAAACGGGCUGGCUGGGUAAAGGCGGCCAGUGGAUGCCAAUGCUAAUAUUGGCCUAGGCCCAGAUUAUCUGAAGGAACAUUCUCCCAUAUGUUCUCCCCUAUGCACUGUGAUCUCCAGAGCUUUCUCAAUAAUGUGUUCCUUCGUUCAUGUAAUUAUGGUCAAGGGCAAAUGGACGGUGGGCUUUCUCUGUCUGGGUGUGUCUGUGUGUGCUUUCUUUGACACUCGCUCCUUAGAGUAGAGUACCUGGCAAAUCCCCUCACAGUUUAUGGAAGGUUAUUGAAGGCUUUCCAUUUGGGCUUUUAGGUUGCUUUAGUGAGGUGCAUUACCUGCACGUUUAACAAAUUUUGGAGACUGACUUGCUACUUAUUCUUUUGUCUAUUUUUACUGUCAAAAUGUAUUUUCUUAACUGAUGUUAUAUAAACUGCUUAUUAUCUAAGCAGCUGCUGCAAGAGACUUCAAUAUAAGGCCAUGGUGGGCCAGUGUAACUCACCCCAAAUAUAUCUCUGCUUUUAUGAAGUCUUUAUUGUCAGCAGGCAGACAGAUUCUCAGCUCGAUUACAUCUCAUUUUCCCGGUACCAAUUUAGACCCGGGGCCAAAUCAGCACAAACCUUUCAAACUGAUAUUGCUUGUUCUUGCUUGCUCUCAAUGCUGAUUUCACCACUUGUAUUAAUACGGCUACUUAGAAUCUUAGAAUCAUAGAAUUGGAUGGGACCACGAGGGUCAUCUAGUCCAACCCCCUGCAAUGUAGGAAUCUUUUGCUCAACAUAGAGCUUGAACCCACAACCCUGAGAUUAGGAGUCUCAUGCUCUUCUUACCUUUUAUUCCAGGCUUUUUCAGACAAAAUGGUGCUUUCUUUUUGUUAUUGCAUUUUGCUACAACCGUGCAUCAAGGUCUAGCCCUGCUGUUAGUGGCAGUGGCUUUGAUCCUGCAGAACUGAGAUGAUGCACCCUUUAUAUAUUAUUUAAUAUACGGGUAGGCAAACUAAGGCCCAGGGGCCGGGGCCAACCCAAUCACCUUCUAAAUCCGGCCCGCGGAUGGUCCAGGAAUCAGUGUGUUUUUACAUGAGUAGAAUGUGUCCUUUUAUUUAAAAUGCAUCUCUGGGUUAUUUGUGGGCCCUGCCUGGUGUUUUUACAUGAGUAGAAUGUGUGUUUUCAUUUAAAAUGUGUCUCUGGGUUUUUUGUGGGGCAUAGGAAUUCGUUCAUUGUUUUUUUCCCCAAAAUAUAGUCCGGCCCCCACGAGGUCUGAGGGACAGUGGACCAGCCCCCUGCUGAAAAAGUUUGCUGGCCCCUGAUUUAAUAUUUCUUAGCACUGAUUGUCUCAAUUGCCUCCUCUCUUGGGUCAGAGCAAUAAUUUCAUAAAUAUAAAAAAAAGGAAAUAAACCCCAUAUCUUAUGUACGUAUCUGAGGGCAAAAUGUGCUCAGAUGCAAACCAACCUGUUUUCUAGGAGAAAAGCAAAGCAUUUCAAACCAAGCCCAGGAUCCUAAAUAAGAGCAGAUGUCACUCCACUUUAGCAAGUGAGGUUAAAGUGUGGAAGGAAGCCCUUGCACACACAGUCCUGUAUGAGUGCUGCAAAUGCACUUCCACUGUGAUUGUGGGGCAGGAGGGUCUAAGCAGGGCUACAUCUGAAUUAGCAGCUUGGGUAGAAGUCUGAUGGUGGAACUAUUGCUCAUCAUUUGGACCAGCAAGCGGUUCAUUCUGAACUCCAAACCUUCCUUCUGCUGCUCCCUUCUCCAUUGUGCCUGAACACAAUCAAGGCUCUUUUUAUCUGAUAAAAGAAUGGGUAAAGCUGGAGAAUAAAGAACUACUAGAUCUGGAAGGGCACAAUAAUAGAUUUGGGUGGCAUGCGUAUCUAUGGAGGGAUAAAAAGAGAGUGCAUAAAGAAUUUUGUAGCCACAUCUUUAAAGGUCCACUAAUAGAGGUCUGGGACAGAUAUAAAAAUAUAUUAGAACCGAAAACCCCACAUUGGCUAUCCCCGUUGGAGAUAAUAAGUGUAAAGAAAGUUAAUAUGAGAGAAAAGUGGGGAAAGUAUGGAGAAAUGGUUACUAAUGAAGGAGGGAAGUGGAAAGUAAAAUCAUACGAUCAGGUUAAAGUAUUUACAUAUGACUGGCUGCACUAUUUUCAGAUAAAUGAAAUGUUUAAAGAAGAGGUGAAGGAAAGGGGUUACGAGGAAAAGGAAUCGGAAUUUCAAAAAGAGAUAAUAAACAACAAAUAUAAAAACCUGUCAAAAAUGUAUAAAAUAUUGUUAGAGUGGAACACGAAGGAGGAGGAAGUAAAAUCUGUCAUGAUACAAUGGGCAAGGGAUUUCGGUUAUAACAUUCAACUAGAGGAUUGGGAAAAGUUAUGGAGAGUGAACAUAAAAUUUACGGCAUGCACGUUGCUGAGAGAAAAUGUGAUGAAGAUGCUCUACAGGUGGUAUAUGACACCUGUAAAACUGGCUAAGAUGUAUAAGGCAGAUAACAAAUGCUGGAAAUGUAAACAAAAGGAAGGGACUUUCUAUCAUCAAUGGUGGGAGUGUAAGAAAGUUAAAAGCUUCUGGGAUGAAAUUUACAACGAAAUGAAAAAGAUGUUAAGUUACACUUUUGUAAAAAAGCCAGAAGCCUUUUUAUUAGGCAUUGUGGGAAAGGAUAUUAAAAGGAAGGAUUGCAAACUUUUCCAGUAUGCGGUAACGGCAGCCAGAAUUGUGAUAGCUCAGAAGUGGAAGCUGGAAGAAAUCCCAACGAUAGCAGAGUGGAGAGUAAAAUUGACAGAAUACGCUGAGUUGGAUAAAUUAACAGGGAAAAUCAGAUAUACUAAGGAUCAAAAGUUUAUCGAGGACUGGGGGAAAUUUGUGGGUUAUCUGGAGAAUAAAUGUUUUGUAAAUACAACGCUAGUGGGAUUUAAAGAGGCACUGUAAAGAAUGAAUAAGUAUUGUUUAAUAGAAAUAAUGUAUGAAGGAAGGAACGAAUGGCAAUAUGAAAGAAUGGAAUGUGUUUUAAAGAUAUAAAUACGAAUGAAUGUCAAUGACGCUGAAGGAAGUCCAAAAUGUAUGAGAUAUAUUGAAAUAUGGAUAUACUGUUUAAAAAAUGGGAAAUCAAUAAAGUUUUUGGAAAAAAAAAAAGGCUCUUUUUAUCUGUCUACCCUUGUUAUGUUUUCAUUCAACUAGAGAUAGUGAACUUUAUAUUUUCAAGGGGGACUGUCAAUGCUAGCAGAAGAUUUUUGCUUUAUUUUAGUGCAAUACAAUGCCAAUUCUUCUAGCUAUGAGUAAAGAUAUAGAUAGAUUGAUCGAUGUAAUAAAGAAGUAUUACCUGGAUGUUGAAGAUGGAUGGAAUGCUGAUAGUAGGCUGCCACUGGAAAAUCAAGUUCAGGGGACAAAAUCAUUUCACCUCAAAUUGUUUAAAAUGGGAGAGAUUGCAAUGGGGAGCGUAUAUGGAUGCUUGCAGAUUCUAAAUUGUGCUGAGCAUACCAACAGUGCUGUAAUUCUGCAUUACUAUGCAAUGUUUAUGUAUUUGUAUAAAUUUGCCGUGGCCUGCCGCUAGUUUAGUACAUUUACUUUACUUUACAUAAUGUUUAUUUCACACUACUAGGCUAGCAGUCCCUGUCCCACAGUAUCCCUUGUAACAUGUGGUGCAUAGAAUAUAUAUAUAACCUGAAAAUAUUAUCUGAUGAUAAUGAUAGAUGUCACCCAUGCCAGGGCAUUAAUAGUGGAAGAUACUAAAAACUUUCCCAGUGCAGCUUUCUCUAGAUAAAUACGUUUUGAGGUUUGUGUUCUGUGAUGCCUCCAGAUGAGUUGUUUAUUGAACAUUUAGCUUCAUUUGCUUGCACUAAGCUUGCACAGAAGUCAUUGCUGUUUACUGAGCAUUCAUUCUGAGUGGUUUGCUCAGAGGUUACGUGACUUACCACCAAUCGAUUGUUAUCCCACACUUUCUUGUGCAUUGUCACACAAUAUCCUUACCGUGAAGAGUCUGUUUUAAAAAGUGGGUUUGCAGAUCCUCCAAGUGUCCCUAUUUUCCUGGGACAGUCCCGGAUUUACAGAAGCUGUCCCAGUUUCUGAUCUAAACCUGAAAUGCCCCCCUUUUCCUAAAGAUGUCCCUAUUUUCAUUGGAGACAUGUUGGUGGGUAUGGUAGGACGUUCCUAUUUUCAUUGGAGGGUAUGGAGUUAUGCAACCUCCGAGCCAAGGAGAUAAGGAACUGUACAACCUUUAGAAGACAUCUAAAGGCAGCCCUGUAUAGGGAAGUUUUUCAAUGUGUUGUUUGUUUUAUAAAUGUUGGAAGCUGUUCAGAGUGGCUGGGGCAACGCAGUCAGAUGGACGGGGUAUAAAUAAUAAAAUUGUCAUUGUUAUUGAUUAGGACGUCCCUGUUUUCAUCAGAGAAAUAUUGGAAGGUAUGGGGUUGCAGCACUAUAGCACUUUAGUCUACUUUAACUGCAAAAACCUAAAUUUGCUGAUACAUGAUUGAAACCCUCCCAUAAAACAGUGACAGUUUGGAGAGGACCCUAGUUGCAAUCAGGUAAAAUGUCCAAUGAUUAACUGGGAAUCAACUGUAAUUUGCUCUGAUUGUUUUUAGUUCUGAAUUUUAAAUUGUUUCAGCCUGCCCUGGGACCUGCCAGAGAAGGACAGGUAAUAAAUUUAAUAAUAAUAGUCAUAAUAACCCGAGAGUCUCCAGGAAUGAUUGAGCUUGUGUUAAGGGACCAUUCUGAGGGGUUUCAGGCAAUAAUGGUGCAUAAUAUGAGAAAUCACAUUUAAGAGAUACGAGUCUGGCUUUUGUUUUCAAGUGACAGUGGACAUCAUAGUAUUGUGCCCUUGUUGUUUACAGCAAUUAAGAGGAUGUUCACACAAUGCGCAAUUAUUUCAGGGCCCUCUGGGGUACUCUGCCUGGGUAAUUCAGAAUGAUUCAGGGCACAGCAUGUUGGCAUUUGACCUCGGGAGAUGGAUUAACUUUGCUGCUUGUUCUUGGGUCACUGACCAGCUCUAGACAAGCCACUUUGUCUCAGCCUCAACUCUCCAAAUGUAAAAGGAGAAUGAAAACCAUCACCCUCACAGGGUGGUUUAAAAAGAUGUUGAAUGUCAUAAGGAACGUUAAAUGUUUUGCGUGUUGAAAGUGUCAUAUAGUGGUACCUCAGGUUAAGAACUUAAUUCGUUCUGGAGGUCCGUUCUCAACCUGAAACUGUUCUUAACUUGAGGUACCACUUUAGCUAAUGGGGCCUCCCACUGCCACAGCACCGCCGCUGCGUGAUUUCUGUUCUCAUCCUGAAGCAAAGUUCUUAACCCGAGGUACUAUUUCUGGGUUAGCAGAGUCUGUAACUGAUGCGUCUGUAACCUGAAGCGUCUGUAGCCCGAGGUACCACUGUAUAUGUGACAGGGCCUGCCCAAGAUAUUUGGCCCCUUGAGGCGAACCACAAAAUGGCAUUCUCACUGCCCAUCCCUGACCAGGGAAGAAUGGCUGAUUGAAGAUCCACAUCAGGAACAAGCGGGGUAAUAAAGAUCUGCAUCAGAAACCAAGGUGGGAGGAGAUCAGUCAUGCCUCCUAUUUGCCAAGAUGCUGCUGUAGAGGUGGCAUUGAGAGGGGGGCUGCCUAGGAGGUGGCAGAUUUGGCCUCCAAGGAGCACGCCACAGCUGUUGCUGCCACCACAGCAGUGGCAGCCAAGGAUGCAUUCCUUGGAUCCGCUGCCCCUCUGCAUCUUGCCACCUGAGGUGACUGCCUCAUCUUGCCACAUAGGUGGGCUGGCCCUGAUAUGUGAUGAUUAAAAGUAAAUGGGAGCUAAGCAUUAUGACUUAAAUCUAGUUACUUUCCAAGCAUGUUUUGAUAAAGUUCCUUUCAUGUUGUUGUUGUUUAUUUUUAAAAAGUUAGCACUUCUGGCGCUGUUGGAUAUAGCUGUAAACAAAUAAAUACUAAAAGCAAACAGGAAAGAUGUACCUCCCCCAUCCCCGCCACAAAGGUGCGUGUGGCACUCUGAAAAUGCAUCAUUUUAUUUAUUUAAUUGCCCAAAUGUUUGCAGGUCUUGUCUUUCAAGUCCAAGCUGGCUGAAUAUUCUUUAUAACAAAGAAUAAAAAGCAAAGGUUUGUAAAACUAUGGAAGGAUAGUCUUACAGGGGAAUGGGUGGCUAGACUAAAAUGUAUCUCAACUGUCUUGCCAUGGCCCCCACCCUGGCUUUUGUAAAAGGCUGCCUGUCUGGUGACAGCAAGUGAGUGCUCAGCCUCUAAAGACAUUUUACCUCGCUCUCUGGACAGUUAUUUUUUCCCUUAUGAAACAGUGGCUUUGGGAGGGUGUGUUUGAAACUCAGGAGGCUGGUGAAGAAAAGUGAGAGAGAGAGGGUGGGGUGUUAGCAAAGAGGGAGCAUUUCAAUUCAGUUCGCAUUCACAGGCAAAUCUGCCGAAUUUGCACUUUAUCCUAAAUAAUACACGAAUUGAACCACAGGCAUUCUUCAAAAUCCACAGUUCUCUGAAUUCUACAAUGCAUAAUGUGUACAAGGAUGAAUACGUUGGGGUAAAGUUUGCAUAAAAAUGUGUAUAUUAGUGAAAGUAACAUACAAUAAUGUAUUACAUAAGGGUAGGGGAAUUGCCUUGCAAGCAGAACUGCAUACAAAAAUGUGUAUUUUAGGAAAAAUAGGCACUAAAAUGCUAACAAACUUUCUUGAAGGCUUUGUUUUAAAAAAUGCAAACAGAUGGGGAAAUGUGGAGAACUUAAGACCGGGAAAAUGAGAGAAACUGAAUUUGACAGAUUCAUCAAAAGAAAUCAGAAUUGAUGUUCAUUAAGUAACCAAUGGCCAUCUAACCUCUUAGCAAACCAAUCAGGAUUAAUGCUCAAUAAACAGGUCAUGUGGAGACACACUCUCUCGCAGGGUUUUAGGUGAUGAAUAGCAGUCAUGAGACCCUCAGUUUGGAUCAAGACUAUGAUGCUGCGGGAGGUGCAGGAUAACCUUUUGUCUCCUGUGGCGUUUUCCCAAUUAAAAUCCUGCCCCCAGCUGCUAUGUGUCUCAUGGGGGAACGGGACUGUUAUCCCCUGCCGGGCCUGUGGGAGGGAGUUUCUAGUUGGGAAUGUUUAAAUCCCCACUACCCCCAGCAUCAUGGCCAUGACCUAAAUUGGGGUUCCUGUCUGCUGGGUGCUAAAAGCUUUACUAUGGUUUUUUGGGGAGGGAAGCUCCAAUUUUUAUUUUUUUUAGCCUACCUCAAUGCAUGUCCAUUCACAGAACAAACUUUUGGGUAUCUGCUCAGAAGUAACGGGGUUUCUGGGUAAAUCUGUGUAGAACAGCUGCCAUAAAUAUUAAUUUGAGGACCAGAUACACUGAAAUCAGUGUGUAUGGUUCCUAGCUGUAAUCCCGGUGUGCCCAGAGUUUCAGUCCAUGUUGACUCCCUCAACCCAACCUGAACCUAUAAUAUGGAUCACAUUUCCCCUCCAGUCAUACAUUUCCAUCUCUCUUGUCCCUGUUUUCAAGAGAGCCCUGGACCCAUCAAGGGCUCCAAGAAGGCACACAUAUUUGAAUAUUAUCCAGACAUUACAAGUUUGCUGGACGUAGCAAUAUUACGGCAUUGGUGUGCCUGCCAAAAAUGGGUCUUCCUUAUAAAAGUGUGAUGCAGCACUACUCAGUGCAGGGGAUAAUAUAAUUGGAUUCGGGUGGAGGGAAAGGUAUGUUCAAAUUCCCACUCAGAGUCAAAGCUGAAGUGAUGUGCAGGGGGUUCCAGAUUAGAUCUUCUAGUUUAUAUUUAUUUUUAAUUUUAAGGCAGCAGAGGGAGUGGGAGGUGUGUUUAACACUUUCAUCCAUGUUGGCUCCCUGAUCAAAAUACUGCCGUUAGGUACCUAUAUCCUCACACACCCCAGUUAACAUCAGCUCUGAGGGAGGAGGCAUUUAGUUUGAGAGAAAUGAUACAGGCACAGAAAGGGUUAAACCGCUGCUUUGAUAAAAAUUGGAGGCUCCUGUGGCUGCUUUGAAAAUUAAAAAUGAAGUUAAAUGAUCCAUCAGGAACUUGGAUCUCUGUGGUGAAUUUCACUUCAGUGGCUGCUGUCAUUCUUUCAGACUAACUCUAAUGAUUCUGUCAGGAUUGUUUCAUGCUGUCACUCUGAGUUGCUUCAGUGCGGGUGCGGCCAGAGAAUAAAUGCAUAAUGAACAAUUAGGAAUGUGAGAUAAAUUCAAUUCAGUUCACAUUUAGAGGUGAAACUACCAAACUUGCGCUUUUUGCAACCAUAUGCUAACAAAACCUCUGCCAUCCUUCAAAAUUUGCGCUUCUCUGAAUUUUGCAAUUCAGCUGCCCGGCCAAGUAAUAUGUAUACAAAUGCAUAUCACUAUGGUAAAAGUGUGGAUAAAAGGGGAAAUAAAAAUAAAAAUGCAUUAUAUUAGAGGAAAUUGCUUUGUAAAAGUGUGUAUAUUAGGCAAAGUUUAAUGUGAAAAUGUGCAUGCUGGGAGAAAUGAGCAUGAUUUCUCAUGAAUUUUCAUGCAGACAUCAAUGCAAAUUGAUGGGGAAAUAUGAAGAACUGAAUUUGAGAUUGGAAAAAAUGAGAAAGUUCGAGAAACUGAAAUUAACAGUUUUGCCCUUCCCUAGCAAGAAGUAAUGUGGAUAUCAGCUGAGGGAAAAGAGGCAAGCUGGGAUGCCUGCAGGCUAAACAGGAGAUGGCCUUGAUUUGUUAAUGUAAUUAAUGCUUGUUUGUUUGUUCGUUCUACAAAUAGCAGCUGAUAGGAAGGCUGAGCAGUCUCUCAUUCCCAGAGGCUGGAGAGAGAAAGUCCGACUCUUUCUCUUUCCAAAAUUGCCACUCCUAAGGUGUUAUUUGCAUUGCAAGGAAAGCCUCCAAGGAUGCCAGUUGGCGCUUCCCUUGAAAUGCAAAUAGCAGCUUCGGAGAGGCAAAUUUUGUCAAGGACCACAGCAGUGAGAGAAAGGGUUAAACUUCCUCGCCCUACCCUGCAUGAUCCUGAUGCUGCUGAAGCUUCCCUGUGGCAGCUAACUACACAACACAUGCACACACAUAUGCACAAAUCACAUUCAUGCGAUGAGCUUCCAUGCAACUGGCUGUUUAAAACAGUGCAGUAAACAAAGCCCGGAUGGUGCCGAGAUCAUCGCCCAUUCAGAAUAUCAGUAGACACUUGAUGGCAGAUGCAGGAGGCAGUGAGGUUCAGGACCUGCCUAGGGUCCUGCUUGAUACAUGGAGCUGCAAAGCCAUGCCAGCACAUGCACAAUUGCCAGGGAGCUAGAGUUAAACCUUGCAAACAUGUUUGUUGCAUGCACCUGCAGAUGUGAAAAUGUAAAACAUAUUGGAUACGUUCAUGCGAGUACAAUCCUUGCCGAAAUGGUUGCAUGGAUUUGUGCUUUUAUAAAUGGAGGAAAAAAGCAAGGUGGUUAAAAGUAGAGGUGUAAUUAUGUUGCAUGCUUAAUUGUCAGGUCUAACGGGGAGAGAAAAUUCCCUUGGUACAAAUCGGGACAGCUCCACUGAGCUCAGCAGAAAUCUAACUUGAGCCCUUAACCCGUAUCUUUAAUUAUUAUUCACUACUCUCGGUGUACAUCAAAAUUCCGCUUAAUCAAAUUGUUCUUCCGAGAACAGUAAGAAAAGAUGGUAAUUGGUGUGGUAAUCAGAAGGAGACAAAGGGCCUAAUUUGCAUUUGUAAGGAAUAUCUCCUGCACACGUUCAUUUGGAAUGAAUAGGAACAACAUAAAUUUGUUCUUUUGCACUUUUCUCAUUAAUGUCAAAGGAGCCUAUGGAUAGGCUUUCCCAGUGGGUUUUAUGGUUUUCAAGCACAGCUCAUCUACUUCAUAGACUCAGGGCAUUUUUACACAUUAUUCUUAAAGUGGCUUUCAUCAAGUCUGCAAUUCCCAUGUAAAAACUACAUUUGUCAAAAUGUGUUGUUGCUGCUACUGCUGUCGUUGCAUUUCUGGCAUCUAUUUAUUCCAUAUUUACAAUACUCAGAUACUCAUUACGCUCAAGAAAGUGGUGUGUAGAAAUAGUCCUAUUCAGUGCUGUUUUUCUAGAAAAAGAAGUGCCGGAACUCACCAUGAACACCUCCCUCAUUCUCUUAGAAUGGCAAUGGUGUCCACCUCAGAGGUCCCAGAAUUGAGUUGCAGUGAGUUCCAGCUGGGGGGGGGGGAGCCCUGGUCAUAUUACAUCAACCAGAAUCUUCAAUGGCAUUCAGGGCUGGCCCAAUACAUUUUGCUGCCUGAGGCAAAUGACAAGAUCUCUCCCUCCCCUGCCCUCCCCAUUCUACUUACAAAAGCCAACUGGACUAGCAGCUAAAUCUUCCUUCUGCACUAGCAAUGGCGCUGUCUCCCCCUUCCCACGUGAAGGAAGCACGUUCAUUCAGAUAGUGCAGGAAACAGUGUGUGGCAGAAGGAACAACUGGGAAGGCCUGCAGUUGCUGGUGCCCUCCUGUCAGCACCUGCAAAUACCUCUUUACCAUAUUCAUUUACCUGAACAGGUUUUCUUAAUGAGCUCGAGGUAAGAGGAGGGUGAAAAGCAUUUGCAGUGUAAAUUAUUAUUUUGGACAACGUCAGUUUUAUGUUCUCACUGCAGCCCAGAUUCAACCAGAUCUGCUCUAAGCCUUUCCUCCGUAGGCCUCUGGUAGUUAUGGUGCAACACAGAAAGAAUGGCUUUACCCCCUCACAUAUCAAAACGCAGCCAAGGGGGACCAGCAGACUCACAGGGGGCAUAUGAUUUCACCCCCUUCUUUAUUUGCAUUUUGCUGACUGGCAGCUGAUAGUUGGUGUAAGAAGUUUUUCCAUGGUGAGCAUCAGGGAUGGAACGGCUUUAGGGUGAGCUAGAUUGGGUAACAUAUAAACAUAGCAGACUCUGACAUACUUAACUGAUGGAUGUGUCGCUAUGUACAGGCAACUCCCCACUUACAUGGGGGUUACAUUCCGGGCCUCCAUGCACGUAAGCAAAAUGUGCGAUGGGAGCCCACGGCAGUACAUAAGCUUCCCACCCAACGGCAUAGCGUAGUAGCAGCUCCCGGCUGCCAUUUUGGAACCCUUGGAGUCUUUUUUUUCUAGACUUUUGGCUCACUGACAUCCUCUUCAGGCUCUGGGAAGGGUUUCCUUGUGACUUAUGAGGGCUUUCCAGCUCUCUUCUGCCAUUUCAGGUUAAGAAUGGAAUUAUUUAUUUCCCAUCGCUUGCGUAGAUGUGGUCAUGCGUAAGUCAAUCACACACAAGUGGGGGGAUGCCUGUUCCACCAAAAUCCCAAGGACCUUGUGGUGUUCAGUGUGUUGGGGCGGGGGCUUUUCUAGGGGCCCUUUCUCAUUUCAGUUCCUUCAGCACGUCUCGAAAAAGCUGUAGAAAGAUUCUCAAGAGCCGUGCGCCAUGUGGUGUGAGCGUAUGCACCUGGUGGGCAAUGAAUCUGGAAAUUCUCCCAUCUGCUUUGCACUCACACACAGCUUAUGGGCGUCUCCCCCACUUUAUGGUUGGUUGGUUGGUUGGUUGGUUGGUUUUUACUUUGUUCCUUUAUUUGCAGUGGUCACUUCUGAUGACAGACAAAGUGAAAGCCCUGAAGGUCAGUACUUCUUAUUCAAUCGAACACAGUGAAAUGCAUUUGUGAGUAGACAGGCAUAGCAUUCUGCUUCACCACAUGGAUUCCAUUUUCAUGAUUUAUACCUGUAAAGAUGGUGCAUAGCUAGGUCAGUUUCUGCCUUAUGCUGCGCCAUGUCCCAACUGAUAUUUAGUUUCCAUGUUUCUUCAUAAGAAAGGUCACAAGGCCUCCAAAAUUAAGCACAUUUAAUUUGCAUUUAUUUCAGUGUGGGGGAGUUAAGCCAUGAUCAUGAGACAUAAGUCUUUGCUUCAACAUGGCAGUGUAUUGUGGACUCAGUGCUGCUGACUAUUAUUGUUAUUUUUGCUAUUAUUAUUAUUAUUAAUAAUAAUAAUAAUAAUAAUAAUAAUAACGAUCAGAAUUAGGUUUCUUAUCUGUCGUUCAUCAUAAGGUCCCAGGGCACAUUACACCAGUGUAAAUACAGAAAACAGUUAAAACAAUUUACCAUCAAAAUAAUAGGGUACAGUGGUACCUCAGGUUAAGUACUUAAUUCGUUCCAGAGGUCCGUUCUUAACCUGAAACUGUUCUUAACCUGAAGCACCUCUUUAACUAAUGGGGCCUCCCGCUGCCGCUGCGCGGCUGGAGCAUGAUUUCUGUUCUCAUCCUGAAGCAAAGUUCUUAACCUGAGGUACUAUUUUUGGGUUAGCAGAGUCUGUAACCUGAAGCGUAUGUACCGUAUUUUUCACCCCAUAGGACGCACCUAGUUUUUUUGGGGGGGGAAUAAAGGGGAAAAAAUUAUUCCCCCCCGAGACGCGGGGGCUGGCACGGGGGAAGCCUGAGCUUCCCCCGACCCCAGCCCCCAGAACAGGCUGCCGCCACAAGCCUUGCACGCCCGGCGGGACCUCCCGCUGGGCGCGCGAGGCUUGUGGACAUCUGCCCGAAGCAGGGGGCGGGCUCCGCAGCUCGCCCCCUGCUUCGGGCUGCAGGCUGCCGCCCCAAGCCUCGCACGCCUGGCGGGACCUCCCGCCGGGCACGCGAGGCUUGCGGAUAGCUUCCUGAAGCCUGGAGAGCGAGAGGGGUCGGUGUGCACCGACACCUCUCGCUCUCCAGGCUUCAGCGAAAGCCUGCACUCGCCCCAUAGGACUCACACACAUUUCCCCUUCAUUUUUGGAGGGGAAAAAGUGCGUCCUAUAGGGCGAAAAAUACGGUAACCUGAAGCAUAUGUAACCUGAGGUACCACUGUAUUUCAUCUUGCACAGGACUUCCCCCCUCCUUUCCCAGUAUGUGCCCUGUACUGUCCUCAAAUCUGUUCCAGAGGGUUAGGAGAAAUCCCGUAACAGAUUUAGGAAGGGAACAGGGGUGGGCAAGAGGGGGAAAGUCCUGUUGGACACGUGGAAAGUGUUCCACUUAUGAAAUGAAUGAUACAGCGCCACAUUGAAUUCAAGCGUAUAUAUUUCAGGUGUCAAAGGCAAGGCAUGCAUUCUAGUUUUGGGCAGCAUCCACAUGGCAUCUUCAUCAUAAUGCCAUCCCAUACCUCCCCAUCACCAGAAUUUAAUCUGGAUUUACUGUUUCCACUGGUACGUUUUUUCUAAAAUUUUGUAUUUUCCAUGGAAGCGGUAAAACUGGAUUGCACAGGGAAAUAAUACCAUACAAGAUAGCAUUUUGAUGAAGAUGUUGUUGCUGUGCUAAACUUGCUCGUAUGAUAAGGUUACCAGAUUUUUUUCAAUGAAUCCGGGGACAGUUUUCAACAUCAAUGGAUUUUGUAUGGGGACUGAUUUGUAAAUCCGGGGACUGUCCCCGAGAAAAAGGGACGUCUGGUAACCUUAUCGUAUGAGCCCACAAUAAACUGCUGUGUGGAAGCAAAAUUGAUCAGCCGCCCCAAGAGGAGGGAGAAUGGUGCAGGGGGUGAUGCUAUGUUUGAUGGUUUUGCCUGGAUGUCUUCAGUAUCUUAGUCUUUCCCCAACAGAAUGGGCUGUGAGGCUCAGCGGUACCAGCUCCAAGUGUUCUGGGUUGUUGGAGAUUUAUCUCAAAGGCAAAUGGAAGAGCAUUUGUAGCACAGGUUGGACACAGCAGAAUGCAGACCUUGCCUGUAAACAGCUUGGCUGCGGUUUUCCCUUUGGACUGCUACAGCCGUUUGCCGAAGAACCGCAGAAACAAGAGGCACUCGUGUUGGGCUGCCAGGGAAAUGAGACAGCCCUGGAGGACUGCGCCCAGCAAGAAUCCAAUUGCACUUCCCAUUUGGCCUUGGUUUGUCAAGGUAGUUAAAACACUCCUUCCUGCUUGCAUUCUCUCUUUGGGCAAAACAAGUGUGACAUAGAAGAGCAGUGGGGGGUGUUUUGGAAGCACCUUCCCAUUGCACUAGAGAUUCAGAGGUGUUCUCUGGCUUCCACUAAGAGCAGACUAACCUUCUACUUGAAUGUAAACUGUUUUAUGAUAGAGACACAUUUGAGACCUAAAGCCACAAAAUGCAGCCAGCCAUCUGAACAACAGUAGGGUUGCCAUAUUUCUAAAAGUAAAAACCAGGACACCCUGAAAGUUGUUGAGCUUUUUUUUAGACAAAACCCUAAGCACGAUCUUCUUGCCUAAGAUCCAGGACAAAGCAUCGCAUUUCGAAAAACCCUCCCAGACGUCAUUUCUUCCUUUGAAAUCCUGGUAAUGUCUGGUUGUGUGGCAGCCCUAAACAACAGCCAUAGUUCUUCUUCCCACACUCCCCCUAGAAGGCCUCUAAAUAUGAACACGGCUUACCGCAGUACAAUUUACAUACUGGGGGGCUACUCUAUAGAGGAAGGUCCUCUGCUUUGAAAGGCUGUCAGGGGACAAUCCUCUAUUUAAACAUAUCAUCCACUUGUGGGCUGUCCAGUCCAAGUCUGAUUUAACAAGGGAGAUCAGGAGCCAUCAAGUUGCUAGCCAACAGUUACUAAGACCUGAUCAGCCCCCUGAGCAGGCCGACAAGGCACCUUGUGCCUUCCCCCCUUUUACUGUAUUUUUCCGUGUAUAAGACGCCCCCAUAUAUAAGACGCCCCCUAUUUUUAUGGACUCCAAAUUAAGAAAACACCCCUCAGCACUAUCUGUGUAUAAGACGAGCCCCAAUUUUAAACCUAUUUUUUUGGUAAAAAAACCUAGUCUUAUACACGGAAAAAUACUGUGUAUUUCUAUUUUAAAUUUUAGUAAAUUUUCAUAAUUUUGCAUCUAUACACUUAUAUGCAAAUUUUAUGCAGAUUGGUGUCCUCUUUUAUCGGUGAUACAAAUCCACAUUUUUGGCCAUGCCUACCUGGCCACCUUACAUAGAAUUUAGCACAGUCCAGUACAAGUUUCACCUUUUUUCCGUGCUGGCACAAGCUCUGAAAAACUCACUCUGCAAGUUUUCACAUGUGGUUCAGUUUGAACCAAAGGGGAAACCUAUCUAUAGAAGGCUGCUCUUGGCUCUUGCCUGUAGCAAUACUGGAUAAACUCACUCCCCAUUCCCCCUGUGCGACCCUUCUCUAAAAAGCUAUAGCUCUUUUUUCUUCUCAUCCCUUUGGUUGCAUUGAUCAUUUCAGAUCCCAUGGAAACCUCAACAGCAUCACAGCCAACAACAGCACCUUUCGUGACCUCCUUAAAACCCACUGGUAAGAAAACUAAGAAGCACAAAUCCCCCAACUCUUUAUUGAUUCUGCUGCAAGUGAUCAAAGCUACAGAAAUCAUAAUUGUGAUUUAAAAAAUUAGUUUCCCUGUCUAAUAACUGUCAAUAGACCUCUCUUCCAUGCCUUUGUCUAAUCCCCUUUAAAACCAUCUAAACUAGAUAGCGUAGCCGUAUUCGGUAGCGGUAGAGUCCAUACAUUAAUCAUGUGUUGUGUGAAGGACUGCUUUCUUUUAUCUGUCCUGAACUAGCUGCCAGUCAGUUUAAUUGGAUGACCCAAAGUUCAAGUAUCAUAAAGAAGAAAAGCCCUUCUCCGUCCAGUUUCCCCUGUUAUGCAUACUUAUAAUAUCAGCAUCCUAAAUGUUCUCAUUGUCAUUAUCGUAUACAUGUUUACUCAUGAGACAAUCCCACUUUCAAUGGGGCUUUGUUCCAGGUAAAUGUAUAUAAGUUUGCAGCCUAUGUAAUUUUCCCUUCCAAACGUAAAAGCAGCGACACUUGAACUUCCCCUUGUAAGGUGAAUGCUCCCACCAUUCAUCAUUUUGGUUGUCUUUUGCUGCACCUUCCCCACUUUUGCAAUGUCCUUUAUUCAGCAUCCUUGCUAUCUACUUAUAUAACGUUAUCAUCAUGCUGACUGUUAUUUCCCAUCGCUUUCCUAGUUUUUGCUUUUUUGAACUAUCAACCAUGACCUGACCGCAAUAUCUUUCUUGUAAAGCUACUAGAGCCCAUGAAAGUAUGUGAACUCAUGUUUUCCCUACCAUGGGUAUUAUCAGAGAUGAUGCCAGGCAGUGUUAUAUGCCAUUUCCCUUACCCAUCCACCCUGUUUGGAGACAUCCUUCUGGGUCUUAUUUCAGGCAAAUAAAACAAUACAGCCAACGGUGAAGUAAGUCUUAUAUUGCCUGUCAGCUUCCUCUUCCUUAAGUCUCAGUAUUGCUUUGGUAGAACUCAGCAGGGAGAUGGAGGGGGACAAAACUAGAAUGGACUCUGCCUGUCAUUGGCUCUGGUUUCACCUGCGGUUGACCUCCCUGCCUUCCACCCUAGCACAGCAGUCCGAAUGGCACCAGCCACCACUGAGUUCAGGGAUAAAGUUCACAUUCAAGCUAGACACUUGCAGCUCAUGAAGUUGACCACUGUACUGCCACACGACUUUGACAGUGCCUUACACUCACUUCCCUGCUGUCUUUCUCUUACAGAUACUCCAAGGAUAAGGCUAGAAGAUGGGACCUCUUUAUGCUCUGGGACUACGGAGCUGAAGUUUGGAGGUCGCUGGGAAAUGGUUUGCCUGGCUUUGCAAAGCUGGUGGAGUGGGUUAGCACCCAGGGAUUGCCAAGGAGCGAAGUGUGACGCUUCAAUAGGACUUAAGGACCUGGCGUGGAGGAAUCCGUUGCCUGCCCACUGGUCGACGGUGCAGUGUGAGCAAAGGAACCUUAGCUUGGGCUGUCUUGACAAGACACAAGGGUGCUUGAUAACCUUGGUUAAAUGCUCAGGUGGGCAAGGCUGACUAGAAGAGCACACCUAUGCUCUGCUUUCCUUAUUUGGAUUAUAUGGAAUUCCAUUUUAGCAUUGCGGGGGGGCGGGUAUAUACAUUUUAAUCACAACUGUAAUCAGCUGAAGUUGUAGAAUUCUGGAUUCUAGCAGACUGCAAGUAUAGGAUAGUAUUUUUUUUAGAAUACUAAAUUCCCUCAUUUUACAAUUAAUAAUAAGCUCCAUGCAUAUAUAUAUAUAUAUAUAUAUAUAUAUAUAUAUAUAUAUUGUAAAUCACAUAAUGGUUUUAAUGUAAUCAAGUGGUAUAUAAUUUUUUUUAAUUAGAUAAAAUAACUAUAGUCAACUUGAACACCAGGGCUAAGCCUUUUGCUAUGAUACAUUAGUUUAAUAUCUGUUUAUUAACUUUUUACAUGUUUUUACAUAGGGGGACAUUCUCAAAAAUGGCUCCAGCCCCCACUAUAGUCUGAAGGGGUGCAGUCCAGAAUUCCACAACCACAUUUUCCCACAUUAUUUCAUGUGGUUGAUUGAUUGAUUGAUUGAUUGAUUGAUUAAAUGUAGCUUGCAAUUUCCUGGACUCUCUGAAAGUGAGAUUUGAAGUAUACCAGUCAUUUUCUUUACGACUGUGUUGCUAUCCUGAACACCGAGGUUGGUAAAUAGUAUUUGAAUGCUGUUUGCAGUGAAGGUUGAAAGCUGAAGAUUGACUUAGGCUGCACACACCCACACCCCUCACACACAAAAAGAAUCCUGGGAAUUUACAGAGCUGCAGUUCCCAGCAUCCUUAACAAACAAGAGUUCCCAGGCUUACUGAGACAAGGGGGUGUGCUUUAGACGUGUGUUGUAGACACAGCCUAUGUAUGAGUUUUCUGUAGCCUAGUAGGCAUGAAUUUUGGAAUAUUUACAGGUUUAGUAUGGACAAUGAGAUUAAAAGAUGAGCACAAUCCGGUGAAUGGAAGGGAGCAGCUGGUUUUGCUGUUAAGUGUCAGAGGCACUAACAUUUAUCUGAGGACGAGCUUCCUCUAGGGAUGAAAUAAUAUGUAAUCUCAACUUCUCUCUCCUGACCAAGUUUCCAAGCCCAGGGUGUCCAAUACUGAGACCGUCUUGGGAAUCCUGCUGGGUCUUGUCCUCACAGCUGCCCUCCUCUUUUUCUGUGUUCCCCCAGCCUACAAAAAGCUGGUGAAGAAAUGUAAGUGGCAUUCUUUUGUUGUGGCAAACUAGAAGCUCUUCUGUUUUGUAGAACAAUGCCCCCAGUCUAAGGACCUAUUCAUACCAUCAUAUGGGAGCCCUCAGGGCGUGGGGGUAACAUGACCAUGUGACUUUUAGCACUGAAGCAUAUGGGGGGGGCUGAGGCCAUGAGGGAGUGACUUAGUUAAGGUUAUUCACUGAUGGACUGAGAUGAGAUGUGCACCUGGGUCUUUCUGGUUCCCAGUUCCCAGUCUAAGACUACAAUUAGGGCAGGGAGAGUCUGUCAUUCUGUUUCUCUAAGUUUCUCAUUUCCCCAAACUUAAAUUCAGUUCUCUGCAUUUCCAUAACAGUUUGUGGAUUUAUUUUAAAAAGCCCUCAGAAAAAUGCAUCACCAUUUCAUGGGGUUUCCCCCCGGUUUUUUCCUAAUGUACACGUUUGUAUGCAAUUCUGCCGAAUAGUCACAUUUUAAAUGUUAUUUUAGCUAAUGCACAGGCAUUUAUAUGCACACUUUACCUUAGUAUAAUCCUUUUCGUACACGUUACUUGUCUGGAAAACUGCUCUGCAAAAUUUGAAGUGUGAAUUUUGAAAGGAUUGCUGUGUCUUGGCUUGCAUUUUGUUUUGGGACGUGCAGAUUCAUUAGGUUCGCCUUUAAAUGCUAACUGAAUCAAAAUUUUGCUGUAAUGCUAGCUACGUUGUCAUGCCCUACACUAAUGCUGUGAUUGUGUGCACUAAGCUCUCUAUAUUGAUUUCUUUCUGUUCUUGUUUCCUGUUACUUUCUCUGGAAUUUUUCUCUUUCUUGUCUUGUCAAUUGUUCUGGGAAAAACCAGGGUAAGGUUGAUUAGGGCCUAGGUAUAUUCCUGAAGGGAAAGGGUUUAAUUUUUGUUUGACUUCUCACAAGUGGUGACUUCUAGUUGAGCCAAGUACAAAUACCUGUUUCACCAGACGUGAAAGGCAGAAUAUAUGUCAGCCACAGCACUAUUUUGUUUACUGCAUACAGCAGAAUGGAGAACCUGUUCAGUCCAGAUGCCAUAUUUCUCAUGGGCAAUUUUCCAGGGGUCAGCGGUGAGCGCAGAGCCAGAGUUAAAAAUGGGCGAGGCAGCAGGUGUGAAUCUUUUCUUCAUACAGCAACCUACAUUUCUGACAUGCAAAAGCCAAGAUUGUUUACUCGGGUUGGGGGAGAAAUUCGAUUCAGUUUGUGUUUAAAGGCAGACUUUCAAAAUUCACGCUUUGUGGAACAAUGUGCAAACCAAAAUGCAGCCACCCUUUGAAAUUCACCUUCUCUGAACUCCGCAAAGGAGUUUCCCAGCUAAGUUAUGUGUACAAAAAUGUAGAGUAAAAUGUGCAUGAAAAUGCAUAGAUAAGUAAAAAUAACUCUUAGGGAAAUGCAUGGUGUUACAGGAAAUUGCUUGCAAAAUUGUUAUAAUUGUUUAAACUGCAUACAAAAAUAUGUUUGAUAGGAGAAACUCACACUAAAGUUCUAAAAAAUUUCAUGAGCAUUAAAAAAAAUAAUCUCAAAUUGUUGCAGAAAUGUGGAGCACUGAAUUUAAUAUUGGGAAAGUGAGAAACUUGGAGAACUGAAGUAGGCAGAUUUGUCCAUCCUUAGUGUUUACACAUACCCACUUCUCUCCAUUCUCUGUCCAGGAAAGCAAGAGGCAUUAUCACAGUUCAGUGGCAUAUUUCAGCCAGGCAAAAACAUGGGGGGGGGCCUUCAGAAGAGCAGCAGAGGGGACAUGUCCGAGUGAGAGUCCCAAGGUCCGGAGGUUCCAUACUCCUAGUAUAUAAGCCAUAACAGCUAAUGUGCCUUAACGACAUCAUUUUUAGAGCCAUGCAGUUUGGCACAGGGUAUUUAUUUUUGCCUAUGCUCUAUUUUGCUUAAUGACUUAUCAAACGUCCCCUCCCUCUACCCCACUACAGAUUCAAAAAACAGAGAGCAUCAGUGGAUCGGCCCAAAUGGAAUGAAUCAAAAUGGUAAGUAUGUACGCAUGUGUGACAUAUUUAUACUGUCCUUCAAGCAAGCCGCCAUGCUGUUUUACAAAAAUUAAAAUCCAUAAAAGACAAUCAAAAUAAGCUAAAACAAUAGCAAUAUAAUAUCUAUGCCAUGAGCAUAAGAGAAACAUAAACAGCAUAAAAUCAGUAUGAAACCAGUUGGUAACAAGGUACAGUGAUACCUCGGGUUAAGAACUUAAUUCGUUCCUGAGGUCCGUUCUUAACCUGAAACUGUUCUUAACCUGAGGUACCACUUUAGCUAAUGGGGCCUCCCACUGCCGCCGCGCCGCCAGAGCACAAUAUUCUCAUCCUGAAGCAAAGUUCUUAACCCGAGGUAUUAUUUCUAGGUUAGCGGAGUCUGUAACCCUAAGCCUCUAUAACCUGAGGUACCACUGUAGUGGAUAAGAACAAACCCAGCUACCUCUCAACCCAAGACAUAUGCAAGAUAUGAAUAAAUUCAUGUGAACCUCUUUUGAGGUUGUGUAUUGUUAAUAUGAAACAGACAAAGAGUUAUUGAACAUGCAUCCUGGGUGUUUCAGGUUUUACAUUCUCAUUAUAAACUGUUUUAACAGGAAUGUCUAACUUGCAACUCUGGGCAGUUUGGUUUGAGACAGACUGACCUGGUGUUACUUGACUCAGUAACAGACCAUCAUUUGCUACCUAGCAAAUAUGAUGUAAUGUGUAAUCUGGGUUUCCAUUUCCUGCUAUGUACAGCCAAAAUGUGGAGUUUUAUUAUAGCGUGAUAUUACAGAGCUACAGAAGCGAUGUUAUCAUACUGUAAUAAACACUCCACUUAUUCUUUACCCCUUCGACUGUUAGGGUCAGAGACCCCGUCUAAUAAUCAGUUCCAUUGUUCCACAUUUAUGUCUGAAACAUCAUAGCAGCACACUGAACUUCCAUACUUCCAUGCUAUUAGAUUUUUGAUGAUUAUAUGCGAUCAUAUUUCAGAGAUCACAGUAAGAUCAUUUACUCCCUCUAGAGGCAAGAAAUAGCUUCUUUUGUUGCAACAAACCAAAAGCCAGGAAGCUAAUACGGUGGUACCUCGGGUUACAUACGAUUCAGGUUACAUACGCUUCAGGCUACAGACUCCGCUAACCCAGGAAUAGUACCUUGGGUUAAGAACUUUGCUUCAGGAUAAGAACAGAAAUCGUGCUCUGGCGGCGUGGCGGCAGCAGGAGGCCCCAUUAGCUAAAGUGGUGCUUCAGGUUAAGAACAGUUUCAGGUUAAGAACGGACCUCCGGAACGAAUUAAGUACUUAACCCAAGGUACCACUGUAUAUUCACUCUGUUCCUUUCAUUAAACAAUAAAAUAUAUAUUUAACUGAAAGUUAGGAUAUUUUCUGGAUAGAAAGUGAUUCCACAUUAUGCUUUUAUUUAGUUUCAUUCCAUCGCAGCAGUUCUGUCACGUUCCAGCCACGUCCUGAAAGCCAAGAGGUUCAGGAAGAGAAUAAGUAUCCAGCCCUGAAGAAAAACUUUCAUCUCUCACCCUAUGCAGGUAGCAUACAAUAGGUGGGGUUUUAAAGUCCUAUAGUGUGUAUCACAUGACCUUUCUUUAAAAAUCCACUGGGUUUCCCACACUUCCAAAGGAUCCCAAUCCCACUGCAGCCCAGGCUGGUGCUCUUGGUAUUAAAUUGAAUGAGUUUACAUACAAUUCAUAUUGCUGAUGCUAGGCAAAUGAGAGUGUAAUGCAGUGGCGUAGCGUGGGGGGUGCAGGGGGGGCCGGCCGCACCGGGCGCAACAUCUGGGGGUUAGGGUUAGGGGGCGCAAAUCCACGGGUUAGGGGGCGCAAAUUACUUGCCUUGCCCCGGGUGCUGACAACCCACGCUACGCCACUGGUGUAAUGUGCCGUCUGAACCAAUAGAGUAUUAUGACUGAUAAUUUUCAGUUCUACGCCAGACCCUGAGGCUUUAUGUUAUUCCAGUCUUAGCUGUAUAGCUGUUCACCCACAGGCUGCAUUCUCACAUAAUAUCACAUGGUUUGACACUGCAUCCAUUCCUUUUGCACAGCCAUUGGCACAUGUUCUUGGAAAAGUCUCUUCAUCGUGGACCUCAGUUUCCCAAUACCCUUCUUCAUAUUUUAUUGUUUAUUACAUUGCUUGCUCAAGGCGAGUUGUUUAUUAGAUUGAUCCAAGGCAAUCCAGUGGUUUGAAUACAAAUAUCUGCAUAAGCAAAUGGAAAACACUCCCACUUACGCAGGCAGCGGGAACAUCAAUUUCCAGCAAUUUCUCCCACCCCAGAAGUAGCCUGUUGUAGCAAACACAUCGUGUGCUGCAGAGACCCCCAACCAAUUAAGAGUGGCUUUUCAGGGGAGAAUGAGUGGCUGUAGCAGGAAAGGGUCAAGAAAGCCCCGUUGCACUCAUGCACACUGCAUGCCAUUCUCUGGAUCAAAGCCCAUUAUCAGUGAGCAAUGAAAACACAAGAAGACAGUAUCAAAAGCAUUCUCUUGGCAUUCCAAAUAUUUUCUGAAAGAAGAGGGUUUUAGUCUCUCCUAGAUGAUGGCCCUUAUAGAAAGAUAACAGUCUUAAACACUCCCCAAUUCUCCAAGCAAUUAGAAGUUCACUGGCAGCGCUGCAAGGUUUUGUUUCCUUCCAAUGAGGAGACAUAUGCCUUUGCAAUAUCUUGUUCUCUGCUGCCCCGGAGGGCAGAACCAGAUCUGUUGGGCUUAAUUCACAGGAGGGAAUAUUACAUCUUCUUUAAAGUAAGAACAGUUUCACAAUUGAACCAAUUAUCUGCAGGAAUGAUAGGCUCUCCCUUACCAGAGGUAUUCAAGCACAGAUUGCACAGCCUUCUGUUGGGGAUGCUCUAGCUCUGGGUUUUCAGCAAUGAGCUGAAGGUUUAGCUAGGUGGCCUACAAGGGCUCCUCAAAUAUGACUCUAUCCUUUAAUGUGUGUGUAUAUAUACACAAGGACGUGGGUGGUGCUGUGGGUUAAACCACAGAGCCUAGGACUUGCCAAUCAGGUCAGCGGUUUGAAUCCCCGCAACGGGGUGAGCUCCUGUUGCUCGGUCCCUGCUCCUGCCAACCUAGCAGUUUGAAAGCACGUCAAAGUGCAAGUAGAUAAAUAGGUACCGCUCUGGCAGGAAGGUAAACAGUGUUUCCCUGCGCUGCCAGAAGCGGCUUAGUCAUGCUGGCCACAUGACCCAGAAGCUGUACGCCAGCUCCCUCGGCCAGUAAAGUGAGAUGAGCGCUGCAACCCCAGAAUCAUCUGCGACUGGACUAAUAGUCAGGGGUCCCUUUAUAUAUAUAUAUACACAGAGAGAGAGAGAGAGACCAUAGUGGCAGCAAAAGGGAUCUUUCAGCACCAUCACUAAUUCUGCAUCAGAUUCCCAAAGAGAGGAUCUGCACCACAAGUGUGCCUCAGUAUUAAUUUUAACCAGCUCCAGCUGAAAACUGUGUCUGCCCCCAAAUUCAAACUGCCAAAAACCUUUCUCCUCCACUCCCAACCCCCACCCACCCACUCGGUGUUGACUUUAGACUCUUACCAUGCAGGUAAGUGCCCUGUUAAGAAAAUAUCUCCAGAAAAUACAGAGGAAACACCAGCCACUCACUCUCUCUCUCUCUCUCACACACACACACCCGUAUUAGGAAGCAAUUCACAUAAUUGUGAGCAAUUAUCUAGAAAAAUAUAACAAUAGUAUGCACUGGUAUAUUGGGGUGAAAGCUGAUGAAUUGUUGGAAUUGUUGUUCAGAUCUUGACCUCUAUUAAAUAAAUGCAACAUAUACCGUAUUUUUCAUCCCAUAGGGCGCACCGGCCCAUAGGACGCACCUAGUUUUUUGGGGGCGGAAAUAAAGGAUUUCCCCCCCCUUUAUUUCCCCCAAAAAACCAGGUCGGGGAAUCCAAACCAGGUCGGGGAACAGCGGGAUGGCGGCGCUCCGCCUCCCCGCUGUCCCCCGAGCUUGUGGGCUGCAGGCUGCUGCCCGCAAGCCUUGCGAGUCCGGCAGGAACUCCCGCCGGGCUCGCAAGGCUUGCAGACACCUGCGCGAAGCACGGGGCGCGAAGCACUCCCGCCGGGCUUGAAAGGAUUGCGGAUAGCUUCCUGAAGCCUGGAGGUGCGCACCGACCCCUCUCGCUCUCGAGGCUUCAGCAAAAGCCUGCAUUCGCCCCAUAGGACGCACACACAUUUCCCCUUCACUUUUGGAGGGGGAAAAGUGCGUCCUAUAGGGCGAAAAAUACGGUAAAUGUAAGGUGAUUAGAUGAAGACAAUUACUGAGUUUGUACAACACUAAUGCAAAGGGAGAUCCUCAAAAUACAAAAAGCAUUAUGUCAUAUCCUGCUGCUACUUUAGUCUCCGUUAUUUUAGUAUUUCCCUGGAAUAUGCAAUUCCCUUUGAAACAUUACAGUAUUUUUUUGGUACAGCUCUGGAAGGGGCAAGCAACAGAUCUUCCAACCCCCCAGACAACUCUUCUGACAGUGACUACGACUUAUGUUCUGCACAACGGCUGUAAAAUCUGAAAGGUAUGGAUGCCUAUUUCAAUAAACUUUCACGCCCAAGCUGAUCUCUGUUUAUUUGGUUUUUUUUGUUUAGUUUUUGUAUAUCCUUAGGUUGAAAGAAAACACCAGAAAUAGGGCAGGUCUAUAGCAUAAAUUGGACGCGGGUGGCACUGUGGGUUAAACCAUAGAGCCUACGGUUUGCCGAUCAGAACGUCGAUGGUUCGAAUCCCCACGAUGGGGUGAGCUCCCAUUGCUCGGUCCCUGCUCCUGCCAACCUAGCAGUUCGAAAGCACGUCAAAGUGCAAGUAGAUAAAUAGGUACCGUUCCGGCGGGAAGGUAAAUGGUGUUUCCAUGUGCUGCUCUGGUUCGCCAGAAGCGGCUUAGUCAUGCUAGCCACAUGACCCGGAAGCUGUACGCCGGCUCCCUCGGCCAAUAAAGCGAGAUGAGCGCCGCAACCCCAAUCGUCCCCGACCGGACCUAACGGUCAGGGGUCCCUUUACCUUUUAUAGCAUAAAUUAAAACUGAUUUUUGCUGUGUGUGCAAACAAUGAGAGUUUAGACAGGCGCUUUUGCUAUGUGUCAGGCAAAACCUGUAGGAUAUAAUCCUACAACUUCAGUAACUGCAUUGUCACUUCUUAAAAAAUUGAAUGAAAUGAAAUAUUAAUUUUGUGGGAUUCAUGUUCUCCCCUGCAGAUACAGGCAGAAUCCAAUACAAGGAAAAGCUGGGAUCAGCAGAACUGAAAAAAGCUUUCCACCCACAACAAUCAGUGUGAAAUACCAUCAGCAUCCUCCCUGCAACCAUAUAGACCUUCUCUACCUUCACAGAGAUGUAAUAGCAAAGCCAGUGCAUUUCCUUUUCAAUGCACUGAGAGGAAUUAGGAUCUCUACCUCAAAUCAUCCAGAGCACUAUUGUUCUAUAUUCAAACCUCAUAGUGGAAUUAUGCUAGGUUUUCUCUCUUUGAGGGCCUAUAAUAAUGACCUUUGGACUUCAGCUGUAGUGGUCUUUGCCAACCUUAUGCUGUACCCUGCAGUUGUUUAGGACGAUUUCCAUCAGCCCCAGCCUGUGCUAGAGCAGUGUUUCCCAACCUUGGGCCUCCAGCUGUUUUCAAACUACAAUUCCCAUCAUCCCUGACCACUGGUCUUGCUAGCUGAGGAUUAUGGGAGUUGUAGUCCAAAAACAGCUGGAGGCCCAAGGUUGGGAAAUGCUGUGCUAGAGGACACAAGGUUGGUGAAUGUUGCUAGAUUGUAUCUAGAUCUCUCAAUGGCGAUCAUUGCAAAAAUUAGGACUACCUCAAAAAAUGCUAAGGUCCCUGGCAAGCACUAGCUGGGCAAGAUUUCUGACAAUAUUGUGCAAUUGGCUAGGUAACCAUUCUGAGUUAAGACAGGAAAGUAUGAAUUAAAACAAAAACCAGGGAAAGCUGUUGUUACUGAACAAACCAGGACUACUUUUUAAAGAAUAUUUCCAAGCACAACAGUUUACCCUAGUAGCUAAUGUCUUAUUGACUAAACUAGAUUAUAUGUUUAUAGAUUUGUCAUAAUUGAGCAAGUAUAGCUGUGGGUUUUUAAUGUCAACUCUUUGUUUUGCACUUGAGUGCAUCUGUAAUUUAAUUUGUAAAUUGUGUAUAUUCAUGUUUAAUAUCUGGAAGUAUAAUAAAAGCAGGAGGGGACACCCCAGACAUGCAAACUGGCAGGAGCUUAGUGUAUUUUGUAUUUGAGACUGGACGCAAUGACGGUUAAGUGUUGGGCCACAGUUCAGAGACUAAAAGCUGGCUGGCAUAUUGUACAAUGUUGCCUCUCGUCCCGGUCAAUGCAAUACCCAUUCAUACAAGCUUACAUACAUUUCAAAGGCAUUUUAGACAUUUAAAUGAUGCAGAAGCCAUUUCAAAGUUUUCAGUUGCAAAGUGAGAUAGCAGUUUGAAAGCUGCCAGUGAAAUUCUUUGUGAAGUGCAGAGUUACCCCUUACGAUGAUCCUCACAGUAAAAACCUAUAAAUAAUUGUGGAACUUCAGUAUAAUUUAGGAAGUUGCCAUGCUCUGUGCCUAAAUAAUAAUAUUCCCCCUUCCUGAUCCAAAGAACGUUUUUUAUAAAGGUACUUCUGAAAUUUAAAAAAUGAUGUUAGUAUCUUAAAAGAUUACCAUACAUGUAAUUACACACAUGCUGUAGUGGUUAGUGUGUUGAAUUAGUAGAGAGAUCUUUGUUCAUAUCUUCAGUCAGCCGUGAAGCUCAUUGUGUUACCUCCAGCUUAGCUAUCUGACAGGGUUGUUGUAAGGACAAAGGCAGAGAACCAUACGAUUUUAAGUUCCAAGGUAGAAAGUUGAGACUAGAAAUGCAGUUAAAAAUGAAAAUGUGGGAAAUGUGGUUUCCUUUUGGAAUGAAACUGACUAGACAAAAAACCUGCUCUGUCCUAGACCAUUUAACCACUCCAUUGAUUUGUAUGGGAUUACAAAAAAAAGUUUUAUUUAGAAAGCAGAAAAAUUGAACAAAUAG